AUGGGAGACCAAGGUGCACAACAAAUGCAACAGCCUGUUGUUGUGUAUCCAAACGCAUACACUACAGAAAAUGCAUAUCCAUCUACUUCCUCUUCACCAGCUUCUUAUACCUCUGUCUCAAGCGGUUCCUUUGGGACGGUCUUCAUAGUCGUAGCCGUGAUCCUUGUCUUGUCGGUUGUGGCCUGUAUCUUCGGGAGGCUAUGCAGCCGCAAAAUCCGCGGGAGCAAGCAACAGCAUAGCAAGCAGCCAAGGCGCGAGAAAGAGUCAUCUACAAAGAGCCAUGAGAUUCGACCAGUGGAGUUUGAGCCGAGGGAGAGAGGUGAUUUGGAGUUUGGUGUGGAUAUGAAACAUCAUAGGGAAACUGAGAAACCUUAUGGAAAAGAUUACGAAGAUGAAAUAGAAUUCGGAUUAGAUAACAAGAGAGGAGAAAGGGGCGGAGGAGGUCCACCUCAACAUGGAGUGAGGUUCAAGUUACCUGAAAAUGAAGACGGUCUUCAUGGUAAAAGUGAAAUCAGGCAUGGAGGUCCAGACUUCGAGUUUCGACCAGGACACUAAUGAUACUGAGGUUUCUAAGAACAAAAAACAUUAUGUUUAUUUCUCAAAAAAAAAAAAAACUUUAUGUUUAUGUUUUAUUUGUUGCCUUUCUGUUAUUUGUUUCAUUUGUGCUUUUUCUUGGGUAUGUAACUUAGAGCUGAAAGGUGAAGCUAUAAAAAGUCUUAAGUCUCUUGGUGUGAUUGUGUGAAGUAUACACCAGAUACUCUCUAUAUAUAGGUACUAAUAAAUCCAUUAUUAUGUAAAUUUUCAAAAUAAGAUAAUUUUGAAAGUAUCAACAAAGUUAUGGAGGAAAGGUUUUUUAACAGAA